AUGGUGUCCUUUUCGUGCGAGAACUGUGGUGAUAUCCUCACUAAGAAGAAGCUCGACCCCCACCGUAACCAGUGUCGUGGCGCGUCUUUCACCUGUAUCGACUGCAUGGUUCAUUUCUACGGUACUGAGUAUCGUGCCCACACGUCAUGCAUGAGCGAGGCGCAAAAGUAUCAGGGCGCGUUGUAUAAAGAAAAGCCGAACAAGAAGGGCCCGAAAACUCCGAAUCAGAAUGCAAAGAAUAACGCCAAUGCGCGCAAUCAGCAACCCCGGGUGGAGGACGCUUCCGCCUCUGAUGCAGAUCUCGUCAAGUCCCAUAUCAACAUUCCCCCUCCUCCGGCCCCUACUCCCCCUCCUGCGGGCGAGGCGAAGUCCACCUCCGCUGCAUUGAACAAGGAUAACAAGGCUGUCAAUGUCUUCGACUACCUGGUCACCGACGAGACCCCGAAUGCGUCAAAGGUCUCGCUAGCCACGCCCAAGGAGCAAAUGGCCAUGAACCCCAAGGCGCGCUCUCUGUUCGAACCCAGCAAUGCUCUUGCCAAGCUGGAUACCAAAACGGAUGACGAGGGCAACUACGAUAUUGCAUAUGAGGAGAAUGGCUUUUCAUAUGGCGGAGGUCCCAUUCCGCCGUCCAUGUACCCCAACGAUGUGCCCAAUGUCUCGACCGAGUUCGUUACACCGGCACCUAAGAAGAAGAAGGACCGCAAGGAAAAGCGCUCUGCUACAACUAGCGAGAAGAAGCGGAAGCGUGGCCAGGGCGACGAGAUGGGCAGCCCGCAAAACGACAUUGACACUCCUAUGAUGGACGCCCCUUCCAGCGUUAUCAACAACGCAGGCACGCCGAUGCUGGCCCACUCUGGCCUGACCGGCAAUUUGAACCGCAUGAUGCGCUCUCCCUCGUCCAACGCAGAUGAGACGCCCGACCACAUCGUCCGCGCGCCCUAUAACGAUGCCUCAUCCCCAAUCAAGCGCACACGCCGCAACGGCAAGGAAGCAAACGGUGACCAAGGCCUUGGGAUCUCAAUGAAGAACCGUGCCGAGCGCUUCGUCUCCUCCAUGUUCGGCGGCUCCGUCGUGUCAAAUGGCAGCAAUGCCAGUAAGGAAGAUACCUCCCGCGCUCUCGUCCGCACUCGACGAGGCAGCUCAUCCAGCGGCGACGGCCAGCUGGAAGUCCGCAAGAAGAAGUCCCAUCGCUCGCACAACACCUCGGAAACACACGAGCGCGAGCGCGAGCGCAAGUCCAAGCGCAAGAGCAGCAACCCCACGGACGGAGACCGGCCCUCGCGCCGCCAGAAACAGACCGAUGAGCGUCGACGCUCUUACUCCCGCUCCCCUCACCGCGACAGUCGCCAGGUGACAAUCUACCAUAAGUCAAAGGCGCUGACUCACGGUGAAGACCCUCUGCAGCGCGAAAUGGCUACACAUUUCCUGUCCAUUGUCUCCAAAGAUAAUGACCGCGGCUGCUCCGUCCACAAGGCUCUCAAGCGCUUCCAUCGCGAUUUCUCGGAUGAGAAUGAUGCUGAUCGGGGCCGCGAUCAGGGACGGAGUCGGGCGGACCGGGAACGGAGGGCCGAGGAUGAGAAGGAUCUUUGGCGCUCGCUACGACUGAGACGGAAUGACCGUGGGGAAAUUGUUGUUUUUGUCUGA